AGAAUUUACAGGUGCUGGCUUUGUGGUGUAAUCUCGAACGGCAUUUCGUUGUCCUGCCGUGGUUUAAUUUGAAAUAGUUAAUUUUUGUGCAGGAGUUUAUACAAAUGUCUAUAUAAUUUCGUUAUUAAAUUGUGGAAUUAUACGCGAGGAAGCGUAUGAAUCAAUAAAAAUAAUCGAGGAGCCGCUAAAUUUAUUCGACGUAGUCUGCUGUUUGUAAAGCAGUCGAAGUUUACUUAAGUCUUCUGUAUACGCACUAUUUGUGAUAAAAAACAAUACGGUAGAAUAUUUUUGUGCAGUGCAGUGUGACGGAAGCAACGUGUUCAGAUAUGAAUGAUUCGCAACAAGCAUCAUGUUCGCAAAAGCUGACUUCCACAAAUUCAAGCGAGAGCAAUAGUGUCUCGAAUCCGCCGAUGCUCAACCCUGAAGAAGCAGAGGAAGAUCGCAAGCAUAUGCAAAAGAUCAUAGCAGCUUUACGCUAUUAUCAAAAAUAUUGCUAUGCGCGCGUCAAUAAGACUGAAAGCUACCUCAACAGUCUUCCUAAACGUCAUCAGGAUAUGUUGGUAAAGUACCGCAAUCAUUUACGUGUUAUAAGAGACUGCAUCGAUGAGAAUCAAAAGGUUAUCAAGAAAAUGCUGCGAGAUAAUGUCGGAUUUAUGGAUAUGGGCGGAUCUGAACAGAUGUACGUGGCACAACAGGAUAGCGAUGGGCAUGUGACCAAAAUUAGACAUCAAGAUAUGGAACACGCAACAGAGCAAGCUGAUGUUGAACCUUUUAAAAUUUUAAAGGCUCAAUCGACAUUAAAGUUAAUCGCACGCGAUUGGAGUUCAUCCUGCGCCGAAGAACGUGAGCAAUCGUACAAACCGAUUAUCGAUGCAGUUGAGGAAUUUUUUAAACCUGACGAAUAUGCACUUAAUGAAGUGAAAAUUCUUGUACCUGGAGCUGGUCUCGGACGUUUAACCUAUGAGCUUGCCUGUCGUGGCUAUGAAUGUGAGGGCAAUGAAUUUUCCUAUUUUAUGCUAAUUGCCUCAUAUUUUGUAUUGAAUCUAUGCACUGAGGCAAAUAAGUACACACUAUAUCCCUGGGUACAUCAAUAUGUAAAUAAUCUACGUAUGGCAGAUCAAGUGGCUCCUAUACGGUUUCCCGACAUUUGCCCAGCCAAAAAUCCACCCAAAGGCAACAUAAUGAUAGCAGCGGGAGAUUUUUUGGAGGUCUACAAAACGCCAAACAGCUAUGAUUGUGUCGCGACAAGCUUCUUUAUCGACUGCGCCAAUAAUAUUGUGGACUUUAUUGAAACUAUUUUUAGAAUAUUGAAGCCAGGUGGUAUUUGGGUGAACUUGGGUCCACUACUCUAUCACUUCAGCGAUAUUCAGGGUGAGAACAGCAUCGAGCCUUCUUUCGAAAAUUUGGAGCUGAUCAUAAAAAUGGUUGGCUUUGAAUUCCUCCGCAGCCAAACAGGCGUGCGCACUAAGUACGCCCAAAACCCACAAUCUAUGCUAAAAAGUGAAUACGAGAGUUUGUUUUGGAUUUGCCGAAAACCUGAGAGCGCUAUUAACAGCACUGACAAUUUAUCCCAUUGCGAUGAUGAAGCAGAUGAGUUGGUGGGUGGCGGUGGCAGUAGUCGCAGUAACAGUCACUAUGAAGAUACCUACAGCAACGGCUAUAGAAAUGCCUACCAGCAUCAAUAGUAUUGACAUCAGUUGAAACAGUUGCUUAGGCUAAGGCGGUGACGGUUGAGGAGACGACAAAAGAAGCGAGGUAUCACCUCACUUGAGAAUUAGUAAUUAGUUAUUUUGAAAUUAUAGGUGUUUUAACAAACAUACAUAAUGAAUUUUUUUUUUACAACCCAGUACGCAUAUGCAAAUAUGUAUGACUAUAUGCUUAUACAAGCACAACUGGCCUGAUGACAACAACGUUGCAUAGACAAAAAGCUCUCUUGAAAGAUGGAAAUGUAUCCAAGUUUGAAUUUUGAAUAGAAGCCAUAUGAAAUUGAAUUCUUGCACAUGAAAUAUAUAUUUUUAAGUUUAUUCAAAACACUGCAACAACAAAUCACUAUGCUAAGGAAAAGUUUGUAGGUAUUUAAGCAAAGUAUUAUCAAGAUCAAAAAAUGUUUGAGAUUCUAUUUGACAAAUUAGUGCCGAAAGCAAGUUACGAGACACAUAUUUAUAGAAAAUAAUGAAAUAUACAUACAUUUUAAUUGUAUUGCAA